CCGCCCAACAGCACCGGGCUGCUGCUAGCCGCUAGAAGCUCUUAGCCUGCGACCAGUGCGGACAGAGGAGGAGCUGCGGAUACGGUCGCGAGCUGCCCACCCGGGCGUCCUGGGGACUUCAUUCACGCAGCGUCGCGGGGGUGGCUUUUAGGAGGCCGAUGAUGAUCCUCGAGGAGAGGCCAGACGCCCAGGACGACGGCGAGGACAACGCGCGGCUGCAGGCGGCUGGCAGCGUCCUCCAGGGCUGUGACCCCCUGGCACAGACUCAGCACAGCUGGCUCCAGAGCCAAAGAACCCGGAUCUACCAGCAGAUCAGCAAGGAGCUGCGGAUGCGGACAGGUGCGGAGAACCUCUACAGAGCAACCAGCAACAACCAGGUCCGAGAGACGGUGGCCCUGGAGCUGAGCUAUGUCAACUCCAACCUACAGCUGCUGAAGGAGGAGCUGGAGGGGCUCAGCAGCGUGUUAGACAUGGAGCAGCCCAAGGGUGAAGGUGUCACUGUCCCCAUGAUCCCCCUGGGGCUGAAAGAGACCAAGGAGCUGGACUGGGCCACAUCCUUGAAGGAGCUGAUCUCAGGGCACUUUGGAGAGGAUGGUGCUACCUAUGAGGCAGAGAUCAUGGAGCUGGAGAGCUUACGGCAGGCCAUGCGGACCCCCAGCCGGGACGAAGCAGGCCUGCAGCUGCUCGAGGCCUACUACAGUCAGCUCUGCUUCCUGGACAUGCGCUUCUUCAGCUCUGCUCGGAGCCCUGCCCUGCUCUUCCAGUGGUACGACUCGCUCACGGGGGUCCCAGCACAGCAGCGCGCCCUGGCCUUUGAGAAGGGCAGCGUGCUGUUCAACAUCGGCGCUCUGCACACACAGAUCGGGGCGUGUCAGGACCGCUCCCGCCCAGAGGGUGCCCACCACGCCGCCCAGGCCUUCCAAAGGGCUGCUGGAGCCUUCAGCCUCUUGAGGAAGAACUUCUCCCACGCCCCGAGCCCAGACAUGAGUGCUGCCUCGCUCUCCACACUGGAGCAGCUCAUGGCUGCCCAGGCCCAGGAGUGCAUCUUUGAGGGCCUCUCACUGCCAGCCCAUGCCACUCCCCACCACUGCCUGGCCCAGGAGGCUGCCCAGGUGGCAGCUGAGUACAGGCUUGUGCACCGGGCCAUGGCCCAGCCUCCUGUUCAAGACUAUGUGCCCCCAUCCUGGACCACCCUGGUGCACGUCAAGACCGAGCACUUCCACGCGUUGGCCCACUACCACGCUGCGGUGGCCCUCUGUGACAGCUCCCCUGCAGCAGAAGACAAGCUUCCCACGCCUGAGCAGGUCUUGCAGCCCCCGCACUCCCCUGAGCCGCAAGGUCCUCCACUGCCGCAGCAGCCAGAGGAGCGCAGGAAGCUCGCCAAGGCCCACCUGAAACGCGCCAUAUUGGGCCAGGAAGAGGCGCUGCGGCUACAUGCUUCGUGCCGCGUCCUGCGCACAGUGGACCUGCUACAGGCCGUCGUGGCCCAGGCCCUGCGACAUUCACUGGCCAAGUACUCGGAGCUUGAACGUGAGGAUGACUUCUUUGAGGCUGCCGAAGCCCCCGACAUCCAGCCUAAGACCCACCAGAAGCUAGCAGUCAGGCCGUCUAGCCUGUCACAGAUGAAAGUGGCUGACAUCUUCCACCGGCUGGGGCCCCUGUCUGUAUUUUCAACCAAGAACCAGUGGCAGUUGGUGGGACCCGUCCACGUGACCCGAGGAGAGGGUGGCUUCGGCUUCACGCUCCAGGGAGACUCACCGGUCCUCAUCGCUGCUGUGGUUCCCGGGGGCCAGGCUGCGGCAGCUGGCCUGAAGGAAGGGGACUACAUCGUGUCAGUGAAUGGGCAGCCGUGCAAGUGGUGGAAGCACGCAGAGGUCGUGGCGCAGCUGAGGGCUGUGGGGGAGGCAGGCGUGAGCCUGCAGGUGGUGUCCCUGCUGCCCAGUCCCGAGCCACGUGGCACGGGAGACCGCCGGCCGGGUCUGCUGGGCCCAGGGGGACUUCUGAAGAGCCAGAGAAAGUGUGGUUUUGAGACACCAGCCCCCAUGCACGCCAGCCCCUUGCCCCUCCUUGGCUGGAGCCGCAAGGCCAAGUGGUACAAGACAGGGGGCCGUCUCCAACCCGGCCCUGGUGGGGACUCUGGCACCUGCCCCUGAAGCAGGUGUGCCCUGUGCCCUCCAAGCACCCCGGGGGCCAUGAGGGCCAGUGCUUACAUGGUUCCAGUGGCCAGGAGUGGCCUGUGCAUUCUGUCCCGCACUUUGGAUAACCUUCAGGCUACGCCUGCUCUGCUCAAGGUGCCCAUUAAAGACUAUGGUCAGGCAAGGUGGGUGUGAGCCCAGUGCUGGGGAUGGUGGCAUUUCACCCAUACCGGAAGUACCCCAGUGCCCUCUGGGUGUAGUGCUCAGGCCACCUCUCUGGAAGGUGCUGCCCCCUACACCCGGCCCCUUAACGCCCCUCCCAUGCUGUGCGCCACCCACACCCUGCCUCAGGGCCCACUCUGCAAAGGCUGAGCUGCUUGGUGGAUGGUGCUCCUGCCAAGCUCCCCUCAACCCUGGCUGGACCCAGCUCACCUCCCUGCUGGCCAGCCCCAUGCACAGGGUCCCAGCCAAGGCCUGCCCCAUGCAAUGUUUUAUUUUACCCUCCCUGUUCUUGCCCAAGAGACCCCAGUGUUGAGGUCCUGCGUCUCCUGCACCUGCGGUGCUGCCAUACGCAUGACCCCAAGGCCGUCGGCAAAAGCACUGUCCCCAGGAGCCCCAAAGAGAGCAAAGAGAAGGGCUUCCUUGGAGGGAGUCCUGAGCUGCACAGAGUGGGACCCACAGGAGGGCCUCUUCUUGGGCUGAGGAUGGAGACUGUGCUGACCAGGUAUUGUCCCUCUGGCCACCAGGGGGCAGUCACUGCCCACUCAUGCGACCAUAGGAAGCCUGCGAUCUUCCACCAGUCCUGGAUCUGGGGAACAGACUCAGGAAAGUAGGGCAGACCCCUCCCUAGUCAGAGACCCCCCUCUUUUAUCCAGUCCUUGCACAGGGCUCCCCACCCAGUUAGGCGCAGCCAGCUCUGUGCCCUGGCUCUGGUUCCGUGGUCCAGGCCCUACUGUCCGUUAUCCCCUGCCCACUUCGGCAUUGACGUCAGGGUCCCAGGGGAGUGAAAGAGUCGGGUGAGAGUGUGUGGGGAAGUGCAGAGGUGAGUGUGGGGUGGGGUGAGAGUGUGAGGUGAGGCGGGACGGGUGAGGAGGGAAGGCCCACAAGUCAGAACCCAGCCACGGCCACGGGUUCCAUGCAGCGGGAGGGAAGGGCCCACCAGCCCGAGCCUGGGAAUGAGGCUCCAGGUGUACCAGCCUCCCGUGGGCCUCCUGGGAGAAUCCCCAGCUCAGCAGAUUGGGCCAAGGUCAGGCAGGUCUCCUCGGUGCUUAUUAAUUUGAUGAAUAAAACUGUGCAUCAAGGAGGCCA